GCCGAAGGCGGGUCUCCCGUGUCCGUAAUCUAUUUCUCAAGGCGACCUCUCAAUUCCAGUAAAAUCAGCAGAUGCCGCCGCCGGAGAAGCAGGAGCGGCAGCUCGCCCGCCUCUGCGACCUCGUCGCCGCCUCCCUCCUCCCCCACCUCGAAGCCGAAACAUCGCCGCCGCGGCACCUCACGCGGGAGGACGAGCGGCGCCUCCUCCUUGCGCUCUCCAGGGUAAACAAGGCGAUUCGAGGAUGGAACCAGGAAGAGGAGGAGGAGCAGCAACAGCAGCAGUGGUGUGAAUUCGAUCAGAAAAUUGCUUCAUGUUCUGGAGAAGGCCACAGUUGCUGUUUACCACCUGGACAGCAGCCAUACGAUGGAUUUAGCUGCCUGGAAAAUUCAGUCUCCAUAUUGGUUAGAGUCCUUGGUUUCUGCAGUGACUAUGCUAAACACUCUGCUGGCAAUAUCCUGAUUUCCAUAUCCAGUGCCCUAAUUAAGUUUGGAUCUAUUUGGAUUCAGUUUAUUGAGCUCAUCUGGAUAGCUAUAUACACAGCAUCAAAAUGUGUUCAUAGGUGUUUGGAUGCAACCCUGGCUGAUGCAGCUCCAGCCAGGCAGUGCCGCGAGCUGCAGGUGUCCAAAAUCGGACACCUGGGAGUGCUGCCUGGACCAAGCAAGCAUUCCAUCUCCCAAAGCAAACAGGCUCAUAAUGCUUUAUCUUCUACAACUGACUCCAACAGCCACAAGAUUACUUGUUCAAGCACCAGCAUCACAAGCUUCGUGACAGUACUUGACCAGUGUGGUCUCAAUAUCAGUGGGCAAAUAAUGCCCAGUCUCUUUCAAGUGUUACAUGCUAUCUUAAAGUUCCUUAAACACAGUGACAGUGAAUUGAAGGAUAACUUCAUUUGUCUAUCUGUUCGUCAUAUUCAGAACAUGCCUUGGGUUACUUUCCAUCAAUUACAUACCGGAGAACUCGCAAACUGUGUUAAGGAUAGCGGAUUUGGCUUCUGUAAUGAUUCAAUACAGUCCGGAAUCCUGACAGGCAGUCUUCUCCAGCUACUCUGUUCGUUACUUGAGCAAAGUUACCUGGAAGGUACAGAUGGACAAGAUAUGUAUGUGAAACUCGUGGAUAUAGUUCCCAAGAUAGCAGCUUCCUUACAGGAGCAACACGAUGGCCCCCAAAGCAUUUAUCAGUACUUAAAGCACAAAAUUCUGAUGGUAAUGAUGCGGCUAAAGCCUUACAUGCAGCAAGAUUGCUCACGUAUUGUUUGUUGUCUGAAAUUACUUCGGCAGUACUUUCAUGACCUUAUUCAUGAACCUAUCUCGCAACAUAUUGCUAAACUAGAUAGUUGUUUAGAAGGAUCUCCUUUUUUGUUGAACAUGGUAGGUUUAGUUGAGAAUCAGGAUAAGUCGACUCGGCACUUGCAAAGGCAAGCUAUUUAUUUGUUCCUUAGUUCUUGCAUAUGUUUGUCUUACAACAGAAAUGAUGGCACAGUUAAAUGUUCAUGCAAGAGGAAUGAUUGUUUCUUGGGCCACAAAGUGCAAGGCUGCAGUGAUCACUGCAGUUGUGUUGGCUUAUCAGAAAUUUCAGACUGGUUUCAGAGGUGUUACUUAGACAUGAGUUUUGAUUCAAAAUCAUCAACAGAUUUUGCCUUAUCCUUUCUGGAAUUGUAUAUGGAGGAGGAUGACAUGCUAUUCAGUAUUCUCUUACAGCUUUUAGAUGCUCCACUCAUUUUCCAGCUUUUAGAUGCUCCACUCAUUUUCCUGAAAAUAGACAACAUGAAAACUACUGAACUGAUUGGUGCAAAACUGUUCUCAAGCAUUUUUGACCCAAUUCAUGUUUUCCAUCUAUUGCUUUUGCUGCUGCACUAUGAUCACAUGGUACUAGUUGACUACCUCAAAUCUAAAUAUGUUGGUGUGCAUUGUGCUCAGUAUCUCUUAAGGUGCCUACGCUUGGUUUCCCAGUCUUGGUAUGCUUUUGUAGAUGAUUCUGUUUACUUGACAAAAAUAGAAAAACUUGACUGUAAAAGGCAGAGGACCUCCAGGGAUAUAAAUAGUGCCAGAGCCAGCUCAAGUAAAGAGUAUAAGAAUGGUUCUGGUUGUGAUAAAGAAGCCAAGAAUUCACAGAAGCUUUUCCUCGAUGCUAAAGUAUGUCUUUAUUCAUUAAAGAGAACAGUGGAAGAUUUGCAAAAGAAGGGUUUGUUCCCUUACAAUCCGAUGCCUCUCCUUAGAAGCCUGGCCAGGUUUGAGCAGCUGUGUGAGCAGGGAUGAAAUUUGAGUUGCAUGCAGUGAGGGCCUCUACUAUUUUUAAGGUUGAAGAGUGGCCUUUUGGUAAUAAUCAGAUAGUUCUUAAGUCAUGAUUUGGUUCGGUUCGAUUUAUAUAUUUGGUAAAGGGGAAGUGUAAAUGCAUCUUCCCAUCCAUGAUCUGAAAAUCUAGCACUUGGACAUGGAGCAUUUCAGAAAUUGCUGAGGUCGACGUGUGGACAUGUUUUGGUCUAUCUUUCAAGGUGCAGAAUGAUUUACGCAGAAAGAUGGACACAAGAGAGAUGCAUGGUUGCAUGAGGUAGAAGACCCAUGACUUCAGGAGACCACAAUUUUCUCACUGUGAAGUCUUAAAAAUAGGCAAGUAAAAGGAGUGAUACAUCAUAAGAUCCACAUGCUGUAUGCACAUUUGGAUUGCUUAACUCUUGAUUAUUAUAAAUUUAUAAUUUAUAAACUGAAGGGAAAUGUUCUGAAGUCACCUGGAUAUAAUGAGAGAAUGAGCAUGGUUUACCUGGGGGAAGCUGGUGGCGUAUCAUCUGAGGGGACUGGUAGCAUAUCAUCUGGAGGAAGUUGGACAAUUGCAGACCAUGAAAGACAUUAUUUAGCGUAUUACCUAAUUGAAAAUUGGAGAUUCAGUGGGGUUGCACAUAUAGUGGAGCAAAUCAACAGUCUAAUAUGCACAAUCACUGGGCAUACAACCACUGAUAUUAUGAUAUCGUAUACAUUGCCUUUUCGCAACAACAAAAAAGCAUUUGCCUGUACAAGUUCAUAGAUUUCCAAUUUAUGUUUGACAGGCUUUUCAAGACAUUGUUUCACCCUAUGCAAGACAGAUUGUUCCCCCAAAACAGGGGGCAAUCUUAUGGGCAUCUCCUACAUGCUUGCAUUAUCUAACUGUCUGCAACAUUAAGUAAACAAAUAUCUGAAUAGUUAUUUGAAUAAUGAGAUUUGUGGCUCUUUGACUAAUGGCAAUAUGAGGUUUCGUA